GAGGAGACGGGCGAGAUGUUCCGCGUGGGCAACUGCCGUAGCGACAUGACCGUGCGGGAGCUCAAAGAGGAGCUGGACUUGCUGGCCGGCAUCCCCUUCAACCUGCAGCGGCUCCAGUACCUGGACCAAGGCGUGCUGAUGGACGACGCCACGCUGCGCUUCCACGACGUCGUCCCGGGGGGCGUGGUCUCGCUGUGUGUCUGGCACUAUGACGGAUGGACGGAGCUGGUUUUGGCGGCGGUGGAAGGGGACCCCAGUAAGCUCUCCUGCCUCGGGAUCACUGAAGACUCCUUCUACCGCACCACCUACUCGAAGCACUUUGAAGGCGAGACGUGGAAGCAGUGGGUAGCCCGGCGGGCGUGCGUGGCGCUGUACAUCACCUCCCACAGAGGCCACGCCGAGGCUGUCCAGUACCUUCUAGAACACGGAGCCGACUGCUCCAGCAAGUCCCCGCUGGGCCGCACGCCGCUGCACGUGGCCGCGGCCAUGGGCCGCGUGGACUGCAUCAACCUGCUCUUCCAGUAUGGGGCGUCCAUCCGGGACAAGGACGCCAAGGGCGAGACCCCCAUCGCCGUGGCCCGCCGCCUGAACCGCAAGCAGAGCGAACGCCGCAUGUUCCUGCUGCACUGGAUGGCCAAGUCGGCGGCCAAGGGGCGCGACCCCACCCUGCGGAGGUCACUCCCGAGAGCCCAAGGGGAGAAGAGCCCCGAGGAGCCCCACUGA